AUGAAAACACAAACUUACAGUGUCCAAAAACGUCGUAAUAAUUAAGAUCACGAUGCAAUUAAUCAGAUCAGAGGAUACUUGAAAAAAAACUCUCAAGUUUCUCCUGCAACUAAAUUAUGCGACCUGAUUUUGGGGUUAUGUCCGCGAAUACGUGAACUUCUAGAGAAAGAACAAGAGAGACCGCAACCAUGUAUUGGCGAGUACGGAUCAGAAGUAGUUCCUAAAACAACAACAACAACAACGACAACUACCCAAGCUCCAAUCAUUCCAUGUACCGCUCCUUAUUAUCAUCCUGAAACCAAAAAGCCAAAAGAAUACAAGAGUUUUACUUAUAUCCCGUAUGGUAGUACAGCAAGUUCUGAAGGAAUCAUGACUACGACACCCAGCGGACCUGAAGGGGGAACGGACACGCAUCAAGCAGAAAAUACGCCAGAAUUUGGAGCAACAGAUGUCGCAAAAACUGAAUGGGAUGUAACCGAACCAACAUACUAUAGUAGGAUGACAGAAAAACCAUCGUCUGUAAGCUUCCCAGAAUUAACGCCACCAAGUGCAGAAUUUGUUACUUUUGCACCUACUGUUCCAGCAACAAAAAACGGAGCAUCAUUAAUAACUUUUGCUAAAACCUCAAAACCUUUUGCUGAAACAGCGCAGCCUGUAACAAGUGAGAAUCUUUACUUCAAACAAACUACACCAUUCAGUCCAAACAUGAAAACAACCUCGUUGCUCUAUGAAUUAGAACUUCCUGAAGACAUGUUAACGACAACACAGAGUUUACUUGAAACAUGGGAAACAUCAGCAGAGGAAUCCACAACAACUAGUCAGCAGCUUGCCGCAGAAACCACUUCAUUUGACUUACAAAGAGCUACGAUAUCUGAAACAGGUACUACUUCAGACCAGAACAUAGAAGAAAGUUUACCUGAUAAAGGAAGUGGAAAAACUGUCCACAGCAGCGCAGAGUCCCAAUAUCCUGCAAGCAAAAUACCAACUUAUUAUCAAAGAAAUAAAUCAACACAUAUGCGAGACGAAAAUUUAUCAACUGCUUCAAUAUUUUCUGGAAAGGAGAUAUACUACAGAACAAAAAGCCCUGUUACGGUCCACCCGACUCUAAUCCCGACAGUUGAGUAUGAAAAAUAUCCAGAAAAAUUGUCUUUUACUACUGUAAGACCGCUAGUUCAACAAACUGAAGGCUGGAAAGUUGAAUCUCGAAGUUUCAAUGGAAAGCAAGACCAAAAAUCAUCGAAUCCUAACAAUUACUGGAGCAAAACAAAUCAGGUUCAUACAACUAAAAUCACUUCAUCUACAUCAAAACCUGAAAAUCCUAAUGAAUACAACAAAUGGUCAGUUCCGUCAAGUCAGUAUGAAAGUAAUGAAGGAUGUACCGAGGAAACUACUGCCACUGUAAACGAUCUGUGGGAAUCAGCUACAGAAAAACCAGAAUCAAGCAAGGAAAGCAAAACAAAUUCAGGUUAUCCUACCUAUGACAAGACAUAUAAAGUCAACCAGUGGAUCACUGAAUCACCCAAAAUUCCCGAACAAAAGAUAUGGAUUACAAAAACAGAAUCUCCGGAGACUCAAGGUACGCCAACGCCAGUGAUAGGGGUUAGUCCUGCGAAAGAGACUUGGAAUAAUGGUCAUGGUAAACAAUCUAGCUCAGAAGAAGAAGAAACUGAGAAAACUACAUCUAAAUAUGACAAAUAUAAUUUGCACUCCAAUCAAAAUCGGGCCAAACCGUCAGUGCCAGUGUCUUCUACGCCAUCGAUUGUAACUGAUAAUUGGAUAACUGUCCCAGAAACUCAACAUUAUGAAGGAGCAAAUGCCCAAGAGUUACAAAAAAUACAGCAUAAUGGAACAUGGAGCCAAACGUAUAGCGUUAAUAAAAGCCCAAUGACUACUACCACACCUUACUAUAACAACUGGAAAACCGAAGUUUCCCUUCAAGAAAAAGAGCGUUUAGGAGUUACUGUAAUCCCAUUCAGUACCUCAAAGAAAGUGAACGAAAAAUCUAAAAUAGAAGAGCAACAAACAAAUUUAACGAAGUCAUCAACCUUACCUUCAUACGACUACAGAUGGAGCACAGAAGCAAGAACAGAAAGUAAAAAAACACCUGAAGGAGUAACAAUGAAUUACCCAUCUGCUCCGACCCGCUGGUACGUCAUAACAGGAUCGCGAAAAGAAGGAAAAGAUCGAGUAGGCACGUCAACUUCGUCGUCUCUAUCUGAAAGGUGGUACAGUAGAACAGGAGAAGAGCAAAAACAAAAGAGUCGAGAAGGUCAGAGUCCAGCAGAAAUAAAUUCAUCGUCCAAUCCAUAUCGUUGGUACGCGACAGCAGAACAAAAUAACAGUCAGCUAAAAACAUCUACCCCUCCCUCUGUGUAUAACCAGUGGACAGCGAAAUUACCAGGAGAACAAAAAAGUGACCGGCUGGAAACAACAGCAGCUUCUUCAUCAACUUCGGAUCGUUCAUACAGUACAGGAGAAGACGAGCACGACAGCGAAGAAGAAGAGGUAAAACUACUAAAUGAACCGACAACAUCUACUUCUAUUUAUAGCCGAUGGAAUACCGGAACAACAUCUGGUGACCGUUGGUACAGCAGAGGAGGAGGGGAAGAAGAAGAAGAGGAAGAGCGACUUGGGAAAGUACGCACAGGAAAUUCACCUUCUUCUUACACCUAUGAUCAGUGGAAAACAAAAACAAAGCCGGGAUGGCCGCAGAAAGGUGGAAUGAUUGCUACAGCUCAUCCAUCCACCUCAGACCGUUGGCACAGUAGAACAGGAGGAAAGGGAGGUGAAAAUGGCGGAACAGAAACAUCAACUUUCUCUUCUAUUUACGAUCAGCAUACUGUUGCAAAGCAAGAAGAAACAGGAAAAAGUUGGGGUGCUACAACACCUCCGUCACCUCUCUUUGAUAAAUGGCAUUCUGGAACUGGACAGAGUGUAAAGGACAAUGACGCAGAGCAAGCUACAACAUAUUCCCCGACUUACGACAGAUGGGCUACCGACAAGGCACAAGAAGGGGAACGAGGACGUAUACCAACAACAACUUCCUCAUCAGUUUAUAAGCAGUGGCACAUUACAAAGGAACCGCAAGAAGAAAAUAGUCAAGAAAAACCAUCAAGUGCUCCCUCUGUUUACGACGAGUGGAAUACCAAAACAGAGUCGUUAGGAAGAGGAAGGGGUAAUUCAAUGAUAACAACCUCCUCUCCUGGCUCUGGUACAUGGUAUUUCAAAGCGGGAGAAGAGCGGAAGAGCAAUAGUGAAACAGAAUUGCUAGACAAAGGAGUGAGGCCAGGAGGUCAACAAAAACACAUCUCAGUGGCACCAACUCACUCAACUAUUCCUAGCCGCUGGUACGUCGUAACCGGAUCACAAGAACAACAAAAGAACCAAGAGGCAAUAACUACCUCAUCUGCUCCUGAGCGCUGGUACGCCAGGACGGGAUUAGAACAAGAAAAGAGUCAAGCGGAAACAACUACUUCCUCCUCUCUUUAUAAUCAGUGGGGUUCCAGAGCAGAGUCUGAAGAGAAAGAAAGAAGUGGCAUGUUAACAACAACUUCCUCCCUUAUCUCUGGCGCAUGGUAUUCCAAAAUAGGAGAAGGGGAUGAGAUCAAAAGUGGAACGAGUUUGUCAAGCGCAGAAACAAGGCCUGGAAGUCAACAAAAACCUGAAUUAGUGACAGCAAAUCACUCAUCCCCUCCCAGUCGUUGGUACGUUAUGAUUGGAUCACAAGAACAACAGAAAAUUGCCGUAACCACCUCGCCUACUGCUGAGUUACCCUCAGUUCACGACUUGUGGAGUAAAAAAACUAAUUCAAAAGAAGAACAGACAAGUUAUGUUGCUCCUACAACUUCUUCGUCAAUUCCUGAAUUUAGGUAUAGCAAAGAGGAAGCAGAACGGCCACAAAAAGAAUCGGUUGCAGCAACAACCUAUCCGCCUAUGUAUCAGUGGGAGGCUGGAACACCGCAAGAACAAUCAGAAAAGAAACUGGAAUCACCGACAGCAUCUUCAUACGUCUAUGAUCGGUGGAAUAAUAGAGUCUGGAAAGAAAAAAAUAAAGAACCUGACGCGACUACAACUUCGGCGUACAGAUUCGGAGGUGACGAAAGAUCAGGAACUACCAGUUACCCAGAUAUAAGCAAAAUAUGGAGUAGCGGGCCAGAAAGUUAUGAAACCGAAACCAAGGAUGAUUAUAGAUUUAUUACUACGGGAGCAGUUUUGGCAACGGUUACUCCAGCAGUUAUUACAGAACCAAUGCAACAAGUCGAUAAAGGGGAUAAUUUUGGCAGAUAUAGCGGAUACAAUAACUAUUAUUCAAUAACAAAUCCGGAAGCAGUUACAGCUUCCAAUGGUUAUUCAGCGGAAACACCUGCCUUACAAAGACCUUAUCAGCAAAUUUCAGAAAAAGCACCGGUAGGAAGUUGGUUAGUACAAGUACCAGCAGCAAAUCGUUUAAGCGAGAACGAGAAAAAAUUUAACGCGAACGAAGGGCAAACCUCUUCAACUAUAUCAGAAUUUAAACACAACCACAACGGUAAUUCUGCUACAGCUGCUCCUACCUAUUCUAAUCCUUACCCAAAAGAAGGACAAUUAUUAACAGGGAACGAACCUCAGACUAAAAAAGUAACGAUUCAAAGAGUAGUAUGGCCGAAAGAGUGCAAAGACGGCACAACAGUUAUAGACCUGAUCAUAUGCGAAGAUCGAGAGUCAGGUCCAGUCGCACCGCCAUCAACAAAGUCCGAACUUUUACCGGAACCAGAACUUGAAACUACAUUUGAAGUUUCACCUGCGCCAGCAAGUUUAUCAACUGGUUCGGAAAUGCAACAAACCUCAAGCAAUUUAGAGGCCAUUUACGAGGUUCCACCAGCGCUUCUUCCAACAGAAAAUACCGACAAAAAGGAUAUAAUAACCGUCACUAAGGUUCCAAAACAAACUGUUCCUGAAAUCUCAGUGAAUCGAGAUAAAAAAGUUUUGGUACCAUACGAAAGUAUCAGUUCAGAGCCGGAAACCCCGAUAAUUUUGGAGCCAGAGACACAAAAAAUAACGCUGCAAAGAACUUAUAAAGAACUUUUACCUAGUGUUGAUACAGCAACAUAUAUAGUUAAACAAAAGUAUAAUCCAAAUCCCGCUUUUCAACAAUCCAAUCAACAACCGGUACCGGCAAUACAAACUGCAGUAUCCGCGCCGCAAAUGCCUUACCAGGCACCAGCAUAUCAACCAUCAGCUCCUGCUGCCUGCUGCGGUGAACAGUUAGCAAGCACCAAUAUGCAAGUAAUCCCAUCUCAGCCGAUAGCUGCACCUUCUUUUAGCCCUCAACAGCCUGGUUGCUGUGGCGGACAUUGGUUAUCCAACACUGGUGGUCUUUGUUCGCCGAUCAACUUUAACCCUUGUCCUUUACCGGCGCUUCCACCAUUACAGCUGCCAGCAUUAUCGCUUCCGAGCUGCGGUUCAAAUUGUCAAAAUCCAUGUCCGACUCCAUGUCUACAAGUUUGUUGCUGUUGUGUUAGCAGCUCACCAUUUGCAAAUUCAUGUAAACGAUUGAAAAGGUCUUCGGUUCUUAAACGCCUUCGAGUGUGUGAUUAA